UUAUCUCUGCGGGGCAGGCACUUUCUUGCAGUGCUAGCUCAUCUACCACCUGCUCCAGAGUUUCAGCGAGUUUUGCCCGUCCGAUCUCUGUGCGACGAGCUGGUCGAAUUGCAGAUGGAGAGCAGUUCGUCGUUCUAUUUCUUUUCUAUUUCUAUUUCGUUUGUUCCAUUCCAACCCUAGCCCCGAUCGAUUUCUCUCAAUUGUAUAAAUUGAAUUGUUGUAUGGCUUGGAGGAGAUGAGACGAAAACUCGUCCAAGGUUGCAAUUUUACUCUGGUUCGAUUCCUGGACGAUCGCGACUGACUGAUGGUGCAUUGCUGUGUUUGAAGAGAGAGUCUGAUCUUUGGGCUCGAGGAGAGGAAAGGAGGUGUCAAGAUGUUAGGAGCAGCAGCUAGAACUUUUCGUAGGAGCAAGAGUACAGUCGUGUAUUCCCUUCGUGCCGGUCUCCAUGAUUCCUCGAGGGCAUCGCAGGUGAUCGAGAAUGGGGUUUUAGGUCAGGCGACUCGUUCUGCUUCAGCGGUAGGAAAUUCUCUUGCCGGAAGGGUCCAACCUCGAGGUGCGAGCUGCACCUUCUUCCGAUCCGUGGGCGGAUUGGCUGUUGAAGACCGAGACCAGGCUCCUCCUAAAGUGAAAUUGUUCGUCGGAGGUGAGUAUUUGGACUCGCAGGCCUCGGAAUGGAUUGACGUGAUCAAUCCGGCAACUCAGGAGGUGGUGUCUAAGUUGCCACUGGCGACGAGCCAGGAGUUUGAGGCAGCAGUGAAGGCUGCAAAGGAAGCGUACCCCAAAUGGAGGAGCACCCCUGUGACCACAAGACAGCGAAUUAUGCUGAAGCUUCAGGAGCUCAUUCGAAGGGAUAUGGAUAAGCUGGCUGCAAACAUUACUACUGAACAAGGAAAGACUUUGGCCGAUUCUCGUGGGGAUGUGUUCCGAGGGCUGGAGGUUGUGGAGCAAGCCUGUGGUAUGGCGAAUAUGCAAAUGGGAGAAUUCGUAGAGAACGUUUCUUCAGGUAUUGAUACCUACAGUAUCAGACAGCCUCUGGGAGUGUGUGCAGGUAUAUGCCCCUUCAAUUUCCCUGCCAUGAUUCCCUUGUGGAUGUUUCCCAUGGCUGUGACUUGUGGGAACACAUUCAUAUUGAAGCCAUCCGAGAAAGACCCUGGUGCCGCCAUGAUGCUGGCCGAGCUGGCAGCAGAGGCCGGUCUCCCAGCUGGUGUUUUGAACGUCGUACACGGAACUCAUGACGUUGUGAAUCACAUUUGCGACCAUCCAGACAUCAAGGCAAUUUCCUUUGUGGGAUCCGAUGCAGCCGGUAUGCACAUCUACUCCCGUGCUUCUCUGACAGGCAAACGCGUGCAGUGUAAUAUGGGAGCCAAGAAUCAUGCAGUAGUCUUGCCAGAUGCAGCUUUUGAGCCGACGGUGAACGCUCUUCUUGGUGCUGCCUUCGGGGCAGCUGGGCAGAGAUGCAUGGCGCUUAGUACUGCUGUGUUUGUUGGAGAGUCAAGUCGUUGGGAAGAAGCAAUCAAGAAGAAAGCUGAGAACCUUAAAGUAACGGCAGGUACAGAACCAGGGGCAGAUGUUGGGCCUGUGAUCAGCAAACAAGCCAAGGAAAGAAUCUGCAACCUGAUAGAAUCUGGGGUGCAAGCUGGAGCUCGGCUAGUGCUCGAUGGGCGGAAUGUGAAAGUUCCUGGGUACGAGGAAGGGAAUUUCGUUGGCCCAACAAUCAUAGCAGAUGUUACUCCGGAUAUGGAGUGCUAUAAGCAAGAGAUUUUUGGACCAGUCCUUGUGUGCAUGAAGGCUGAAAGUUUGGAUGAAGCAAUCAAGAUUGUGAAUGAGAACAAGUAUGGCAAUGGGACGGCAAUUUUCACUCAGUCAGGUGCUGCUGCACGUUUUUUCCAACAUGAGAUCGAUGUUGGACAAGUUGGAAUCAAUGUUCCUAUCCCUGUUCCUCUGCCAUUUUUCUCGUUUACAGGCUGGAAGGGUUCUUUUGCUGGAGAUCUGAAUUUCUACGGCAAAGCCGGCGCUCACUUCUACACACAGAUCAAAACUGUGACAUCUUCGUGGAAGCAUUUAGAUCAAGGGGUUACCAUGGCUUUCCCCACAUCUCAGAAAGUUUGAGGGUGUUGAAAAUGGUUUGAGUUGGCGAACUAGUGCGGGCUUUGGCACUUAGAAUGAAUGAGCACCAUGUUGUUAAACAUCAUGCAUGUCAGACCCUGGCUCCACCUUUGAACUAAGGUACUCGUCCUGUUGCAGCCGCGAACAAAACUUGUAAUAUAUAUGAAGGAUUUACUCUAAAGACUUCUUUUCUAACGAUAAUCGUAAAAGUCAAUAGUAAUUGUUGGAGUUUAAGUUGGACCUGGACAAACUUUGAUCUACAGUAAAGUGGUUUCAACGUUAUGAUACUGUACAACAUGACGAAGACAUAGGGAAUAUAGAAUCUGAUAGUCAUUUUGAGUGAAUUACACUUCGAUGUCUGUUUCACUUGGAAAUCAUGGGCACAUCCCUGUAGUGUCGCUUUCUCCUGUGGAAUAUAUCAUCUCACCAAACCUGGUUGUUUCCCGCCGAAGCAGUCUUUGUGUUGGUGCACAAUCCACGGUCAGGUGAUGUUCAAAUCUUGUCAAAGUCAGGUCUUAAAGCAGCAAGACGAGUAGGGUGACAAUGUCGAACUUGAAACAUGUCAAACAGAAAAGGUCCAACUAAAGCGCAACCAAUGUAGAUCAUGCUUAUUACCAGUCGUCACUACUUUUUGUUUACUUCACACUGGAGCUCCGAAAAGCGGCGUGCACUUCUAGACCUCUCGUUCUUUUCUUGAUGAAUGAUAUGAUUCUA